AUGUCGGAUUCUGAGCCAUCGAUUGCCAUCGACGAGGAUCCAGAUGACAAGGCAGAAGCCUCGGAAGCGUCAAAGUUCGAAGCGAAUGCUUACAUCUCCCAGCUUAUCGGAUUUAUGAAAUCCACGGAGAAAGAUGCGAAUGAGAAAUUCGCGGAACUGGUUAAGAAAACAUGGCAGAUGCCUUCCGAUUCUAACAACUUCUGCACACCAUCCUAUUCACUGGAUUCUGGAAGUGUCUCGAAGCUUCCGCAAAGUAUGAUGGCCCAAAAACGAAUCGCCGGAACGCAAAGGCUCAUGUUCGCGCCAGGCCUGAACAAGCCUGGACUGGAUAAGGCCAGUCUGAUUGCCAGCGCAUCGUCGGCGUCUGGAAGUGGUCCGUCUUCGGUUGGAAUGACGGCUUUGAAAAAGGCGAAAAAGCAGGUGCCGGUGAUCGACGACUCGAUUUAUUGUACGACAGAUCAGCCAUGCAAAACAUGUGGCGGUGUCUCACAAGCCGGAAACCAAGUGCUCGCCUGUAAAAACUGCCGUGAUUGCUUCCACAUGCGAUGCAGUGUGCCGCCCGUUUCCGUUGAAGAAGCGUCCGAACCGAGCUUUGUGUACCACUGCAAAACGUGUCUCAUCUCGAAGAAAGUGAUGAGCACGAGUCGCUCGCGAUCACCGAGUCCUCAAGUGGUGGAGGCGAAGAAGAUGCGAAUGACUGGAAGAACGAAACCAUGA